AUGACUGGAGCCAUCAUGGUCAAAUGGUGGAACUGCUUCCACAGAGAUGCUCUCAAGGCGGGCAAGCCCUGGAGACCCCUCUGCAGCCCCUCCCAACCUCUCCCUCUGUCCCAUGCAGCAGAAGGCCAGAUUCUACAGUGGAAGGGGCCUCCCAGGCAGGGGACAGUCCUGCACCUUCCCUUGUUGUUUCAGGCACCCCUGAGAGGGAGACACCCUCUCAGCCAGGCUCCCCACAAGGUAUGUGAGGCUUCUGCUGCGCAGCUGCCACAGAUGACAGAUCAAAGCAGGAGCGAACCAACAUCUGUGGCAACCAAAGCAAGGACGAGGUACAAACAAACUGAAUGA